AUGGCCUCGAAAUGGAACUUUACUAUCGAUGACAAUAGUCUGCUCUUUAAUUACACUCCUUAUUCGGACGGAUUCAACAUAUCGGACGGGUGGAAGACAUGGUACACCGGCUCCGGGUACAUCGAUAGCCAGUCGCACAGACUGGGAGACACUCCACAGGGACACUCGUAUCACCAAACUCGACUCAAUGGGGCGAGCGUUACACUCAGAUUCUACGGCUCUGGCAUCUAUCUGUUCGGAAACACUACCAGCCCUUAUACUGUAACCCUCGACAACCGUGUGGUACUCGAUUCUGGUAUAAAUCAGAACAAGACCCUGCUUUUUGCAGAUGGUGAACUGGGUGUAGAUAAUACCCACUAUAUCACGCUGACCGCGAAUAUCUCUGAUACGAGUCAAAUCCUUGCCCUGGACCGCGCUCUCGUGGAGUCGACCUUGAACAAUGGCGCUAAAUCCCCUACAUCAACCGCCUACGAUAGUCUGAACACCACUUUCUUCCGCUAUUCUUCCGGGUGGCAGACCACGAGCGUCUCCAAUAUCCCAUCGGCCGCUACUCCAGCACCGUUUGAGUCGACAGUCAACCCCAAUUCUACCUUCUCCUUCUCUAUCUCGAACGCAACGUCGGUGGCAGUCAAUGCUAGUCUGAAUAUUGGUCAUGGUCCAUACCAAGUAACAAUUGACAAUGAUGCCUCCCUCGUGUUCAAUGGCAGCAUGAACUGGCUCGUCGGAAAUGAAGUUAUCUUCUACCAAGGCGGCUUGGACCUGGCUUCCAAUCAUACGCUCAAUUUCACCAACAUUGGCCUACAGGGACAAAAUCACCUCACGCUUAAUUCUGUGACUCUGUAUAACUCCCGGUCUCAAACCGACCAACCUGCCAUAUCAUCCGGAAAGAACCUAUCUACGGGUGCUAAAGCUGGCAUAGGUGUCAGCGUUGCCGUCACCGUCAUCGCGCUUGCGCUCGCAGCUGCGUUUUUCUUACUCCUUCGACGUCGCCAGCGUGGAUCCUCUGGACCCGUCCCCAAGAGCUCGAGCGAUCUCGAGGUCGAUCCAUUUACGGAGGUCAAUGCACAGUCAUCUUGCGAGGACAUAGAGCCCAACGCGACGGGUAACCGAGGCAAACGACAUGGGCAAGGGGUUGUGACCACAAUAGACGAAGUUGAAGGGGUUGGGACGAGCACGUCUCAGAUUGUCAGCACACCCAUUUUCCUCACCUCCACAACUCACGAUAAGCAUUACCAACCAAUCUCCACGGCCACCCAAUCUUCAAUGUCUUCUCUGGGGAGCCCAGGUCCGUCGACGGCCAUCACAGAGGUAGACCCUGUCCAUUCUCCGCCAGACGGAUCAUUACCAUCUAGCUCUCAAGAACCACAGCUCCAGCACCAGGAUGUAGAGCGUAUUGUAGAACUUGUAGCACAUCGUAUAGACCCGGCCAGUCGGAUGGAGUCUCAUGAAGCCCCACCGGAGUACCAGUCACAGGCUGGUUGGGAGGCAUAG